AUGACAAUCCAGAGCGAGUCCAAAGCUACCUACCUGGAAGAUCUUCCGCCUCUCCCUGAGUAUGAAUUGGCUCCAUCCAAGUUAGGAGAGGAAGUGGAUGAUGUUUAUCUCAUUCGAGCUCAAGGAUUACCAUGGUCAUGCACUCUAGAAGAUGUGCUUAACUUUUUCUCAGACUGCAGAAUUCGCAAUGGCGAGAAUGGAAUACACUUCCUCUUAAAUAGAGAUGGGAAGCGAAGGGGUGAUGCCUUAAUUGAAAUGGAAUCAGAGCAGGAUGUGCAAAAAGCCUUAGAGAAGCACCGCAUGUACAUGGGGCAGCGGUAUGUGGAAGUCUAUGAGAUAAACAAUGAAGACGUGGAUGCCUUAAUGAAGAGCCUGCAGAUCAAAUCUUCACCUGUGGUAAAUGACGGUGUGGUUCGUUUGAGAGGACUUCCCUACAGUUGCAAUGAGGGGGACAUCAUAGAUUUCUUUGCAGGACUGAAUAUAGUAGACAUUACUUUUGUCAUGGACUACAGAGGGAGAAGAAAAACAGGGGAAGCCUAUGUGCAAUUUGAAGAGCCAGAAAUGGCCAACCAAGCCCUACUGAAGCACAGGGAGGAAAUUGGUAACCGAUAUAUAGAGAUAUUUCCAAGCAGAAGGAAUGAAGUUCGAACACACAUUGGUUCUCAUAAGGGAAAGAAAACAACAUCUUCUCCUACUGCUAAGUAUGUAACUGAGCCAGAAAUGGUCUUUGAAGAACAUGAAGUAAAUGAGGAUAUUCAACCCAUGACAGCUUUUGAAAGUGAGAAAGAACUAGAAUUGCCUAAGGAGAUGCCAGAGAAGCCCCCGGAGGCUGCAGACUUCGGAAACGCGUCUUCGCUCCAUUUUGUCCACAUGAGAGGAUUGCCCUUCCAGGCCAACGCCCAGGACAUUGUGAAUUUUUUUGCUCCACUGAAGCCUGUUAGAAUCACCAUGGAAUAUAGUUCCAGUGGGAAGGCCACUGGAGAAGCUGAUGUGCACUUCAAUUCCCACGAGGAUGCUGUUGCAGCUAUGCUCAAGGAUCGGUCCCAUGUUCACCAUAGGUAUAUUGAAUUGUUCCUGAAUUCAUGUCCGAAAGGAAAAUAAAAUUUCCAGGGACUCCAGAUAAUAAGAAUGAAACAAGAGGCAUUUCAUUUGCACAUCUUUCUUGGACAUGAGACAUAAAGUUCCAGUUUCUUAGCAGCAACUGCUAGAGAAAGGAUUCGAGGGUUCGGUUUAUUACUUAUAAGAAAAAUUUCGUAGUGGACUGUUUGUUUAGAAAGAAAAAGAAAAGAUUCAGUUUGGAAUUAAGAAAUAAACCACAAAUUUAAAUUUUGUUUAAACUGUCCAGGAUCUGAUUUAAAAAUCCAGUCUUUGUUUUAUAUGAUUAAAGAGUUUGUUUUCAUGGAGGAUAUGUACCCAGGGUAAAGACUGCAUAUUUUUAUUCAGCACUGUCCUUUAAAAUCUUUUUCUUAUUUAAAAAAUGAUCUGUUUGAAAUUUUGUUUUUUGCCUAUGAAUUGAGAGCUCCGAUUUAAAACUUCUCUUGGAAUAAAAUACUGAUUUAUUAACCAAGUAGUCACCAAAGCAAGGAAAGUAUCUUUGAAUCAUUAUGGUUGGGCAGAGUAGUUUUAAUUCUGGGUAGAUUUGAUUACUUAGAUAGGGGUAGGAAUUUAAAAAAAAAAAUGCUACAGGUUAGUGAGUGUACAUGGCAACCAUUUGACAGUUUUAUGUCUUUAGAAGUGUUUUGCCUUUCUAAGCCUUGUGCUAAAGGCAAUUAACAUUCGUGCCUGUAUACUUAGGGAGAGAAUUCUAGUCUUAACUUAAAAGUUGUUUGAACUCCCCCCCCCUCCCAACCCUUUUUUUUUUGGAUUUACAUAAACCUUAAGGGUGUUUGUCUCAAACUGUGAAGUGACAUGUCAAAACAGUCCCUACUGCUAAGGACAUUAAUGGCUUCACUUGAAUUUUAACCAGCUCUAGAAAGCAAAACUGUCUCCUCAUUUGCUUUUUCAGUGGGGUAGCACAUCCCAUAUUUUAGAAUAAGUAGGGGUGCUUUGCUUAAAUAAAAAUAGCAUUUAAUGUAUAAUUGUGUGAAGGGUUUAUGGAAAAAGCUGUACUUCUGUCACAUUGUGGCAGUACCUUCUGCUUUAAUAUGAAACAGCUUGUUAUUUAAAUAUUGGAUCAAAAUGACUGGCUUUAAAAUGUAGUCAUUAAUAAACUAACUUUAUGUGCACCUGUGUAGGAGAAUCAAAGUCCUGUAUAUGUUCUUUGCUUUGUUCCUGUUCUUAGGGUGGCAACUGCCACAUAGUUACCAGGAGAUGAAAUUCUAGUUCUUAAAAUUGAUUUAGCCCAGAUUUCUGAGAGGUGAUAUCUGUAAGAGUAAUUAUGCCUUCUCCCACUUAAUACAUAUCCAUCUCUGAUUACCAGCUAAGAUACGAAGUCACUGUAAGUAGUCAAUAAAUGAAGGCUUGUUUCAGGCUGAAGAUUACUUAAGAGUAUUUAUUUUGGAGUGUGUGAAUCAACAAUAUAUUUUUAGUAUAUCAAAUUUUGGUAUAAGAAGAAGUGGCUAAGUUCAGUUGUGUAAGAAUAACAUGACAAUCAACCAUCUUAACACUUUCAGUAUUAGAUUGAAAUGUGUUUUCAUAUAUGUUUGAAUGUAUGUAGCUAUGAGAAUGGGUGUCUGUAGCUGUAUGACUUAUUAGAAUGUGGUCUUUCAUCCUUUAGCAGUAGGUUUCUAAUUUGAUGUGGGAAAAGUCUGUAAGGUCUAUUGGGAUUGGGAUUUGUGAGGAAUUAAUUCAUUUACAAAUAGUUUAUUUUAAAGCUAAUGCAUUUCGCUUGUACAUCUCUGGGAAAAGAAUGAGAGCAAAAGCAUUAAAAUAUUUUGUGGUUGGAUAA